AUGCUAUCAGGUGUCCAGAGUCUGGACAACGAAAGACGUGUUCGGAUUCUGGGAAUCAUCGAUAAGCUACGUGAGCUUGGAGUCAGCGAGAAUGUCUCCCUUCCCAGUCCAAAUCCUUCUCUGACGGCCGUGCAGCUCGUUGUUGUCGGAGAUCAGUCAAGUGGAAAAUCCUCGCUCCUUGAAGGAUUGACCGGCCUGUCCUUCCCCAUCGACAGCGAUCUCUGCACGCGCUUCGCCACGCAGAUAGUUCUCCGACGAGUGCCAGCCAACGACGCAGAAGUGAAAGUCACCAUUAUACCUGGUCCGACAGCACAAGCAGAUGACGAGCUAAAGGCAAGACUGCAGAGCUUUGAGCGAACCCUCGCGGUGGAUUCAUUUGGGCCGGCGGAGUUCAAAGAGAUCUUUGACGAAGCGGCGGAAAAUAUGGGACUCCCUGGUGCCAACACGAAAGAGCUAGAGAACCUAGAGAAACGAUUCUCAGACGACAUCUUGAAGAUCGAACUAUCCGGGCCGAACCAGCAGCAUCUCAGCAUUGUCGAUGUCCCUGGACUUUUUCACAACCCCCUCGGUGCUCGAACUGUUGGAAUCAUCACCAAAUUUGACACAGUGCAACAAGGCGACGAGGAAGGAGUCCUUCGAAUUGCCCGAAACGAGAUCGAGAAGCUGCGUCAUGGCUGGUUCGCGGUGAAGAACCGGUCUACAAAGGAUAUCCGGGAAGGGGUUACGAUUGAGCAACGCCACACGAACGAGAAAACGUUCUUUGCCUCCAAUGCACCAUGGAACGAGCUUCAUAAGGACCGGGUGGGCAUUGACAAGGUCAGAGGCUUCCUGGGGAAUCUGCUGUAUGAUCAUAUUCGCGGAGAGUUCCCUUCCAUGGUCAAGGAGAUCGAAGACCUGGCCCGGCAGACCAAAACCGAAAUUGAGUUGUUAGGGCCGGCCCGACAGUCCCCAACGGAUCAGAGAAGGUUCCUGAUGCACAUUGCGUCGAAAUACCAAGCUGAAGUGACGAAGGCGUCGACCGGGAAUUAUACCCAAGGCCUGCCCCCUAGAAGCGUGCUCAAGCUUCGACUGCGUGUUCGCCAGCUCAACGAAGAAUUUGCCGACGAGAUGAAUCGCAAUGGACAUGCGAAGGCGUUCCAGACUGUUAACAAUAAGGUCGAUGAGGAGUAUUUUCGGUCUUCUGAUGAUGACGAGAGCAUUUAUGACUGGAUCCGUGCGUUAUACCGAGACUCGCGCGGCGUGGAGCUCCCUGGGACGGUCAACCCAGCCGUCCUCGAAAGUAUGUUCCGUGAGCAGUCUGCUCCAUGGGGAAGGAUUGCCUCCACUUACUUGGAGAAAGCCAUCCGAGCUGUCAAGGAAUUCAACGACCAGAUUUUCGAUAGUCUCAUUAGCGAGGACGAGCUGAGAAGACGACUGAGAUCGCGUCUCAACGGACGCCAAAGUUUGGCUCUUGAACAUGCUCGUAAACAUCUCGGGGAGAUUCUAACCGAUGAAAGGGAGGGGAUCUUGCAAACUGUGAAUCAUUACUUGGCAGAAACUCUGUCCUCCAUUCGAGAGGAGCGAGUGAAAACCAAGCUCGAAUCCUUGGAUAUUCAGAAUAGCUGGAAUAUCAACAUCAGCCAUGCGGUGACUCAGCUUCACCUUAGCAACGAGGACCAGGCCGUUUAUGAUAUCCACGACAUUCUAAAGGCCUACUACAAGGUGGCGUUGAAGCGAUUUUGCGACAACAUCAUUGUCCAAGUCACGGAGCGCCACCUGCUAGGUCCUCAGGGGCCGGUGAAGAUUUUGUCGCCCGAAUUUAUCGGCGAGCUUUCGGACGGUGAACUGGCAGAUAUCGCGAGUGAGAGUUUCGCGACAUCCAGUCUCAGAAUCGAGCUACAGACUCGUGCUGACAGACUGCGGAAGGCUUUGGAAUUGGCAAACCAGACUGGUGUUUGA